UAAAUGCACCAGCUGGAGCUCGGAGCUGAAACAUGUUCACGUGUUUGCUCAGCAGCGGCUCACUGGGAGGCUGGUAAUGGUUUGUGGGUCCUUCAGAUUCUGUUGAACUGGAUUCAUCGUCCUACAUCAUAUACAACACUCCCGCGCAGCACUCCGUGUAACUUGUCUCGGGGUCGAGAGCGGAGUUGGUGAACAGUGUGAAUCAGAGUCGCUGUGGGGACUGCUGAGCUCGCCACACAGCUGUCAGGAGGAGAGCCGCGGAACCUGCAAACUUAUGAACUGAGAAGGUGUAUCGUGUCCUUCGGUCUGCUGGUAUCAGGAUGUGGUUCACAGUCAGACUGAGUCUCUGCCUGCUGGGCUUCUUUCUCAUCUCUGUGUUCCCUCACACAGCACAAGGCCAAGUUUCAUCACCAAGAAGGCUUCGUACCAAAGUCCUGAGCCCCACCAAGCUGCACGUGUCUUGGAAAGAACCCAAAGGACAGUUUGAAAGCUACAAAGUCAUUUACACCACACGACCAGGCGGAGAGCAGAAGGUGGUUCAGGCAUCAAAGCAGGAAGCAAAACUGGUCAUCGAUGACUUUGAUCCUUCUAAAACGUACAACUUUAAGAUCAUUGCAGUCCAUGAGGGGCAGGAGAGCAAACCUCUUCAGGGCAAACAUGAAGCUCAGCAAUCAGCUGUUGAAAUGGCUCCAUCCCAAGGGAGAAAAAACGGCAGCGUCACACAGGAGAACAAUGAGAUCUCAGAAGCUGAAGCGGGAUUUAUGUGUAAGACUCCAGCCAUAGCCGACAUCGUGAUCCUGGUAGACGGUUCCUGGAGUAUCGGGCGGAUCAACUUCAGGCUGGUCAGGACCUUCCUGGAGAACCUGGUCAAGGCGUUUUCAGUGGAGAUUGACAAGACUAGGAUUGGUCUGGCUCAGUACAGUGGAGACCCCAGGAUCGAGUGGCAUCUGAACGCUCACACCACUAAAGAGUCUGUAAUCGAUGCUGUGAAGAAUCUGCCAUAUAAAGGAGGAAACACACUGACAGGUCUGGCUCUGACCUUCGUCCUGGAGAACAGCUUCAAACCCGAGUCAGGCUCCAGACCCGGUGUUCCCAAGAUAGGAAUCCUCAUCACGGAUGGGAAGUCCCAGGAUGAUGUCAUACCCCCAGCGCAGAGCCUGAAGGAUGCUGGGAUAGAACUGUUUGCCAUUGGUGUGAAAAAUGCUGAUGAGAAUGAGCUGAAGGCGAUUGCCUCACCUCCAGAGGAAACUCACGUUUACAACGUGGCAGACUUCAGCGUGAUGAGCGACAUCGUGGAAGGUCUCACCAAGACCGUUUGCGACCGCGUGGAGCAGCUCGACAAGAAGAUCAAAGGGGGGGCGGAGCCUGCCCCGCCGCCAGCCGUCGUGGCUGCACCUCGUGACCUCGUGACCUCGGAGAUAACUGCUCGUAGUUUCCGGGUGACAUGGACACACGCAUCGGGUCAGGUGGAGAAAUACCGAGUGGUGUACUACCCUGCCAGUGGGGGGCAGCCAGAAGAAAAGGUGGUCCAGGGGACACAGAACAGCGUGGAGCUGAGCUAUCUGAACUCUCUGACAGAGUACCAGGUGGCUGUUUUUGCCGUCUAUCGCAGCGCCGCAAGUGAAGCCCUGAGAGGAAGUGCUACUACAUUGGCCCUGCCCACGGUGAACAACCUGGAGUUGUUUGAUAUUACUCACAGCACUAUGCGGGUCCGCUGGAAGGCCGUCGCUGGGGCUUCUGGGUACAUGAUCCUGUACGCCCCGCUGACUGGAGAGGACGCUUCAGAUGAGAAGGAGGUGAAGGUGGAUGACUCGGUGACUGAGGUGGAGCUGGAAGGAUUGACUCCAGCUACUGAGUACACAGUGACAGUUUACGCCAUGUACGGAGAGGAAGCCAGUGACCCCAUGACCAGCCAGCAGACCACAUUACCGCUGAUCCCAGCGAGGAACCUUCGUUUCUCUGAGGUGGAUCACAGCUCUGCCCGAAUCACAUGGGACUCUGCCUCCAGGAAGGUUAAAGGGUACCGCAUCAUGUACGUCAAAACCAAUGGAGUCCAGACCAAUGAGGUGGAUGUUGGCCGUGUGACAGCCUGGCUGCUGAAAAACCUGACAUCACUGACGGAGUACACUGUUGGUGUGUUUGCCGUCUAUGAUGAAGGACAAGCUGAGGUUGUGACAGACAGCUUCACCACAAAAACUGUCCCGGACCCAGUGGACCUGAGGAGCAGUGACAUCUCCACGAACAGCUUCAGGGUGUCCUGGGCUCACCCGGCGUCUGAUGUGGUGCUUUAUCGACUCAUCUGGACACCCACCGACGGAGAAGAGAGCAGUGAGGUUUUGGUGAAUGGGAAUAUCAACACGUACCUGAUAAAGGAACUCACCCCCUCGACAGAGUACGAAGUCCUCCUCGCCGCCAUUUACGGGAAUGAGCUGGAGAGUGAUGAGGUGAUCCUCGUGGAGUCCACCGCUGAAAAAACAACCACCAUUGCCACGACAACCACCACCGUAGCAGCUCCUCGGUACGGGGUGAGAAGCAUGAAGAUCGAUGAAGAAACUACGUUCAGCAUGCGGGUGUCCUGGCAGCCCGUCGACCCCAGAAAUGCUCGACAUUAUCGACUGAGCUACAUCAGUGCGAGGGGAGACCGAGCAGCAGAGACGAGAACAGUGCCCACUGGUCAGAACAGCCUGGUUCUGCAGCCUCUGCUGUCAGACACAGAGUACAAAGUCUCCAUCACUCCUGUCUACCCCGAGGGAGACGGACCGGCAGCGGCCGCGACGGGACGGACGCGUGAGUCAUAUUCUCCUCGGUACGGGGUGAGAAGCAUGAAGAUCGAUGAAGAAACUACGUUCAGCAUGCGGGUGUCCUGGCAGCCCGUCGACCUCAGAAAUGCUCGACAUUAUCGACUGAGCUACAUCAGUGCGAGGGGAGACCGAGCAGCAGAGACGAGAACAGUGCCCACUGGUCAGAACAGCCUGGUUCUGCAGCCUCUGCUGUCAGACACAGAGUACAAAGUCUCCAUCACUCCUGUCUACCCCGAGGGAGACGGACCGGCAGCGGCCGCGACGGGACGGACGCUUCCUCUCUUAGCUCCCAGGAACCUGCGUGUCUCAGAGGAAUGGUACAAUCGCUUCAAGAUCAGCUGGGAUGUUCCACCGUCGCCCACAAUGGGCUACAGGGUCAUCUACCAGCCUCUAACUGCCCCUGGACAAGCCCUGGAAACCUUUGUGGGGGAGGAUGUGAACACCAUGCUGAUCGUUAACCUGCUGAGCGGUACCGAGUACAGCGUCAAGGUCAUCGCCUCCUACUCGACCGGAUCCAGCGAAGCCCUGACAGGAAGGGCCAAGACCUUGUACCUGGGCGUGACUAACCUGAGUACCUAUCAGGUGAGGAUGAACGGGCUGUGUGCCCAGUGGCAGCCUCACCGACAUGCCAGCGCCUACAGAGUGGCCCUGGAGUCGGCGGUUGGCAGCCAGAAGCAGGAGACGAGACUGAGCGGGGGAGCGAGCAGGCACUGUUUCAACAACCUGAAGCCCAACAUGCAGUAUAAGAUCAGCAUCUACGCUCAGCUGCAGGACGGGACCGAAGGGCCUGCAGUCACCACCGCUGAGAAGACACUACCCGUCCCGACCCCACCACCCACCAAGCCCCCGACCACCACGCCUGCACCCACAAUCCCUGCUGCCAAGGAAGUCUGUAAAGCUGCCAAAGCAGACUUGGUCUUCCUGGUUGACGGUUCCUGGAGUAUCGGAGAUGAAAACUUCCUGAAGAUCAUCCGUUUCCUGUAUAGCACCAGUGGAGCUCUGGACCGGAUCGGCCCGGAAGGCACACAGGUGGCUAUUGCCCAGUUCAGCGACGAUGCCCGGACAGAGUUUAAGCUGAACUCCUACAGUGACAAGGAGGGUCUGCUGGACGCCAUCAACAAGAUCUCCUACAAAGGAGGAAACACUAAGACAGGUCGAGCCAUCCAGCACGUGAAGAAAAACAUCUUCACAGAGGAGGCGGGAGCGAGGAGAGGAAUCCCCAAAGUCCUCGUGGUGCUCACUGACGGUCGAUCUCAGGAUGACGUCAACAAAGUCUCCAAAGAGAUGCAGAUGGAAGGUUACAUCGUGUUUGCCAUUGGCUUCGCUGAUGCUGACUACGGGGAGCUGGUGAGCAUCGCCAGUAAACCCAGUGACAGGCACGUCUUCUUUGUGGAUGACCUGGACGCCUUCAAGAAGAUUGAAGAGAAGCUGGUGACCUUUGUGUGUGAAGCUGCAACUGCCACGUGUCCGGCUGUACCGAUGAGUGGCAGCACGAUGCCAGGCUUUCGCAUGAUGGAGCUGUUCGGGCUCGUGGAGAAUCGGUACAGCAGCAUGUCUGGCGUUUCCAUGGUACCCGGCACCUUUAACACGUUCCCCUGUUUCCACCUGCACAGCGACGCGCUGCUGGCACAGCCAACCAGGUACAUCCAUCCUGAGGGGCUGCCUUCUGACUACACCAUCACCCUGCUGUUCAGGCUGCUGGCCGACACUCCCGAGGAGCCUUUUGCGCUCUGGGAGAUCCUCAACAAGAACAACGAACCUCUAGUGGGCGUCAUCCUGGACAAUGGAGGAAAAACUCUGACGUUUUUUAACAAUGACUUUAAAGGAGAGUUUCAGACGGUCACCUUCGAGGGGCCGGAAAUAAAGAAGCUCUUCUUUGGAAACUUCCACAAGCUUCACCUCGCCAUCAGUAAGACGAGCGCCAAAGUGUUCAUUGACUGCAAGAUGGUGUCUGAGAAGACCGUCAACGCAGCAGGAAACAUCAGCACUGAUGGGCUGGAGGUUCUCGGUAGGAUGGUCCGCUCCCGAGGGAACAAGGACAACUCUGCACCGUUUCAGCUCCAGAACUUUGAUAUCGUCUGCAGCACCUCGUGGGCCAACAGAGACAAGUGCUGUGAACUUCCCAGUCUGAGGAAGGAGGUAGACUGCCCGGCCUUGCCUAAAGCCUGCACCUGCACCCAGGACAGCAAAGGCCCUCCAGGCCCUGCUGGACCACCAGGAGGCCCAGGAAUCAGAGGAGCCAGAGGAGAACGUGGAGAGCCAGGCCCUGUGGGACCAACUGGUCCUGUUGGAGAUACGGGUCUUCCAGGACCUCAGGGACCCCCAGGACGGCAAGGACCCAGUGGACGCUCCCUUAUUGGACCCCCGGGCAGUCCUGGAGAGAGAGGUCAGAAAGGUGAUGUGGGACAGCAAGGAACUCAGGGGGUUCCUGGAACACCCGGAGGUCCAGGGAGGGAAGGACCUCCAGGACCCAGAGGACUGCCAGGCAAAGAUGGCCCCCCAGGCACACAGGGCCCCCCAGGAACCAUCGGAACUCCAGGAGCUCCAGGAUCUCCAGGAAGUACAGGCCCUCCAGGAAAGCAGGGAGAGCUGGGCCCACCGGGACCUGCUGGAACUAAGGGAGAGAAAGGUGAACGGGGAGAUCUCCAGUCGACAGCAUCAGUUCAGGCCAUUGCCCGACAGGUCUGUGAGCAGCUGAUCCAAAGCCACAUGGCGCGCUACAACAGCAUCCUGAACCACGUGCCGAGUCCUCCGGUGUCAAUCCGCACAGUUCCCGGACCACCGGGAGAGCCUGGUCGAGAAGGACCCCCAGGACCACAGGGAGAACAGGGACCCCCAGGCAGACCAGGCUUCCCAGGACAAAAUGGACAGAAUGGGCAACCAGGAGAAAGAGGACAACCAGGAGAGAAGGGUGAUAAGGGAUCUCCAGGUGUGGGUGUACAAGGACCCAGAGGACCUCCAGGACCACCUGGACCCCAGGGACAGGGCAGACCAGGUAGCUCUGGACCCUCAGGACGACCUGGAAAUCCCGGAGUACCCGGUCGGCCCGGAGCCCCCGGACCCAUCGGCCCCCAGGGGCCUCCGGGUUACUGUGAUCAGAACUCCUGUGUGGGCUACAAUGUUGGAGAAGGCGAGGAUGUCACUGACGGCGGCGCUGUCCCCGCAGUCCAACUACCACCCAGCGUCUUCCAGAACUACGGCGAGGUCGAGGAAGACGAUCCGUACCGCUACUACCAGCCCAACUACCCGGCCCCUCGACCAGUGGCGCCUGAUGAUCCCGCACUGGCCCUUGGUGACAUUGAGCUGAGGUCUCCUGGCGUCUACCGCACCUCUCGGAGUGUGAAGGAGGAGGAAGAGAAAGUCGGGACGAAGAGGCGACUAAAGAGAGGCGCUGCGCGGACUAACUGAGAGGAGUUGAUUCUGAUUGGGCGGCUCGGAGCUGCUAUGGACUAAUCAACAAGUGCCUGAUGUAAAGGAUUUCUUAUGGACAUUGUAGAGGGACGGGAAGGGAUACCAGUCGGGACUAUUGUAACAUCUAUGCUACAUUAAGAAAACUUUCAAAACAAUUUACAUUUUGUUUUUCAUUUGUCAACAAUAUUGUUUGGAAAUCGUCGGAUCUUAAAGAGGGUUCAUGUUUCACAGGUGAACUGUUCUCACAGACUGUAUAACAAAGGUUCAUGUAGCCACCAAUGACGUUCCCCGCUGGUUUCUAACGUUUCGUUUUGAAUCCUGUUUGGUUUCCUGAUACUGUUUAAAGAAGCAAGGGAUCAAUGUGAGAAACCAGUGGAAACGGUCAAGGGGUCGUGACCUCUCAGUUCAUAGACACAUUAAAGUACAGUAACGUGUCAAAACUGGGCAAAAACACAGCCGUCCAUUAUUUUUAACUGCUUCAAUAAGGAUGAUGGGGAGGAACAGAGUCUCUCCUAGUUAACACACAGUGACUGGUUUAUCACAGGGCUGUCGGGCUGUUUGCUUCAACCAGUGGAAUAUUUAAUUCUAUCCACAAGAAGGGAAACCAGUACAACAAGAGACAUAACCACUUAUAGAUACACAUGGAAAAUGAACACUAGGAACACUGGUGCCCUUCUCAUUGUUCAGUCAUUAACAGUUGUGCUUUAACAUGAACUGACCAAGAUGUAAACGAGCUAAAUGGGCCUCAGAAUGUAAAUGUCUUUGAAGCAGAGUUUGAAUCUCUGCAGUCAUCAGGACACAGCUGCUGGAUCCCAGGUUAACUUCAAUCUACGACUCUAUACUCCAUCGACUUUAAUGUCUGCAUUAAAUUCUGUCAUUACAAAGUAAACAGCUUGAAGCAGAUUGUUGAACAAAGUAAAUAAAACCCUGACAAAUAUCUAAAUGUACCACUGCUUACCUUCAGUCCCUCUGAUGAUAAAUGGUCCCUCAGCUAAAUCAAACGCUGCUCGCUCAGUCCUCACAACAGCAGCUGAACUGCUCUGAACUCUGCAUCUACACACAGAUGAUCUAAACUAAUGGAGCCUUAAACCACGCCCCACUUUAUCAUUUUUAUUCUUUAUUGGACAGUUGAUUAAAUAAAGUGGGUUUUAAAGAAGACUGAAAACGACUGAUUUUGACCCUGAAAGUUUCAACUUUAACUGGUUACUGAGGUCACAGAUCUUAUGUCAGUUUCCCCACAGACUUCUGUCAAACGCUGCCACCUUCUGGCUCAUCAGAGAGAAUUUAGGGUUCAAGGCUAAUCAGAAGCUACAUCCUUCUUUUAUAUACAGUCUGUAACUGUCCCUGUGGUCGUUAAUCAGAGACUCGUCUGUCAUUUAUAUUUUUAACCUGGUUGGUUAAGUGCCUCCAAACGGUCCAGCAACAACUUAUUUCAAACUGUCUCCUUCAUUAUUUUUUCUUUAAAGCCUGUUAGUCUUACAAGAUUUUAUUUUACUCUGUUGCUUCUCUGACAGAGAAAAUAAAAUGAAAAUAUCCAAAAGGUUUUGAUUUAAAUUGCAAAGUAUUUGAUGACAAUGAUGUAAUCUGUUAGUGUGUUGGUCCUGUCCUGCAUCAGUCUGAUUAUUACCUCCAGUGUCUUUCUUUUAAAGCCUUUUUAUGUAAAGUUUUGCAUGUUUUUGUUUAUUUCAGUUACCAUGCAGUGUAUCAUUUUCUAAUCAUAGAGCCAUGCAAACAUUUUAUUGUUACAUAUUCAUAUUAUUUUGUAGUGCAGGUGUUGUCGCAGUAUUAAGCUCAAACUGGUCUCUGUGUUUGGGGAGGCUGAUGAAAAUAUAAGUUGUAAAAACUGAGAUUGUUUCUGUGUAAAUGUAUUUUGGUUCAGUUUGUCAACCCACAGUUUUACUCAGAGAAGCAAAUUUAACAAAGUUUAGUUGGAAAAAAUGUUAUUUUUCACAACGCUCUGUUUCUUACUUGGUGUUUUUAUUUAGUUAUCACUUCAUUUCUUGUCUUUAUAUUCAGACUUUAAUCCUUUAGUCUCAUUGUCUGAAAAAAAUCCCAGUUACGUGGAGGACUGUGCUUUGAUUCAACCUUGUUUGAUGUGAAUUUGGCCAGAAUUUGAACUUUGAACUUUCCUUCUGAGUUUAGUGUUUUGAAGCCUUCAGGUCUGUGAGGAGAGCAGUUCCCUCUACACCUCCGACCAGAAUGUUUAAAAAAUAAAAUCGAGGAAUUAAUUUAUUUUUCACUGGUGUUGAUUUCUGAGAACAAUAAAACUGAAGUACAACCAUCA